UAAAGCUUGAUAAAUGUUUUCAUUACUGGCAAAUAAUCUCAUAUAAUUUCACAGAGAGAGCGAGUGAGAGUCUUUUUGGGUCUCUUUGGGGUCUGAUUUUGACGACUGCUCGCUCUUCUCGCGACAUCUGGCAACCCAGCGAGCAGCCGGCCUGCAGUCAGCCCGUCAGGAUCAGGAUCCGGACUGGAGAUCUGCUUUCAACCGCGGAAAUGUUCAAGACAGAGCAACUUAAAGCACUGGUCAAUGAGCGACUGAAAGCCGCUGCUGAGGAAAUAUUCAGCCUCUUUGAAAAAACUAUUAAAGACUAUGAGGAGGAAGUUUUCCGCUCCAAGCGGGAGAUGGAGCAACACCGACAGCUGGCUGGGAGGACAGGCAUGAUCACAGUGGAGUUAACCUCUCACCAUGUCAAGCUGCUUUCCUCACCUUCACUGUUGGGGCAGCAAAAGAAGAAAGCGAUGGAGGAAAAGAUGAGGGAAUUUUGGAGCUCCUCCAUGCAGCUCUCUGUCCAGGAAGUGGACGCUCCCUCUGAGCAGCAGCACUGUGAGAAAAGGACCGAUCUGGGAGAUGAUGACCAGGAGCCUCAGCAGAUCAAAGAAGAACAGGAGGAACUGUGGACCACGCAGGCGUGUGAAAAGCUGGAAGAGGCUGAUACCAAAGACUCAAUGUUCAAUAUAAUUUAUGUGCACAGAAGUGACAAAGACGGAAGACAGUCCUCACAUGAAAGCCACCAUGAUGAACAUAAAGAGGGAGACGCUUUGCCCAGCAGCUCAUCUGAACAUCUCAAAGCAGAACCGGAUAAAGAAGCAACCAGUGACUGCCAGAUGAGUGAAGAUGUUGAUAGCGACGAUGACUGCAGGGACAGCGGAGGACUUCACUCAGGUGUAAACAGCAAGAAACCGCAGGGAGCUGGCGAGAUGGUAGACAGACCGUACACCUGCAGCGUUUGCAGCAAGAAUUUCAGGAUUAAAUCCAUUCUGACUCGCCACAUGAAGACACACACAGGAGAGAAACCCUACAUCUGCAGCGUCUGCGGUAAAAGCUUCAUUCAGCGUUCCUAUCUGCAAACGCACAUGAACUCUCACUCCGGACAGAAACCGUACACUUGUAGUUUCUGUGGCCGAGGAUUCACGCAGGCUGGAAACAUGAACGCCCAUAUGCGAAUCCACACGGGAGAGAAACCUCACAGCUGUGGCGACUGUGGAAAAAGUUUUAGAGAGAAAGCAGAUCUCAUCAAGCACACCAUCAUUCAUACUGGUGAGAAACCGUACAGUUGCUCUGUAUGCAGUAUGAAAUUCAGCACUCAGUCUAAUCUAACGCGCCACAUGAAGACUCAUUCAGGGGAGAGGCCAUACAGUUGUACUGUUUGUGGGAAAAGAUUCAUUCGGCGCUCGCAUUUAAUUAUUCACAUGAAGACUCACACAGGGGAGAGUCUCUAGACUCUGGUUAAAUAUUUAUGACUGUUCUGUGCUGUUUAUUUUAUUAUUUUACAUGCACGUAUCAGUUUGUUACAGUUUAGUAAUGAAAUAAAUGUUGUACAAACCAUUUUUUAAUGUCACUGCUGUACAGUUUUUAUACUAUAGAGUCAAACACUUUAUCAACAAGUUGUAAUACUGUAUCUUUCUCCAGGUGGCUUAUUGAUUUGUGUUAAAUGUGGCCCUUAGAUGAACCAGUCAUACAUAUACACUCAAGAAAUAAAGAAAGGGAGCAAUUUUUAUCAUCAUGACUCA